CCUUUACUGAGAGGACGUCAAAACAGCAAUGCGAUGAUCACAAGGAAUAUUUUGGAUCCGUGGUGGGAGCACUGAAGAUAAUACAAAGGAUCAGACCGCGCACAUAGGUUACAUAUGGUACCAGGUGCGUGCUUGGAAUGUGUGCAGGAUGAGCAGCACAUUUGUGACAUUAGCUGAAGUACUGGAGGCACGAGGGGGACCUCUGCUGGAGGAGGAGGUCUGGUCCCUGCUGCUGGGCACUGCAGAGUCUUUAGUGGAUGUCUCUUACAAGGGUCAGAACAAUAUGUGUUAUAUCAUAAGCCCCACCUCCUUGCUGCUGUCAGCCACUGGUACCUUAGCAUUUAAGAAUUGUGGCCUAUCAGAUGAGGUGUCCACCUUCACUGCUCCAGAGAUGCUGCAGGGCCGUGCCAGCUCAACCAAACCUGCCAUAGAGAGGAUGCUGGUGUAUUCACUGGGCAUGACUCUCUACUGGUCAGUUGAUUUUCACCUACCUCAAAAUCAGCCAGUCCAGUUGAGUGACCAUCUAAACAGUCUCCUGCUCAGCAUGUGUGAAGAUCUGGCCCACCGCAGGGUGAAUCUCAACUCCAUCCUGGAAGCCUGCGAAUCUCAGCAUAAAGCCACCAUCCUGCCGCCGCCCGCCUCAGUCAUCCGACAGCUGGUGGAGGAGGUUUUCCACGAUUCAAUGGACCAUGGCUCUCUGCCAGACAGUCAUGUCCCUUUGAGUGGCAGGAGCCAGAUGAUCAGAGAGAGACUUCAUGGAAAGAGAGGGCCACUUUCAGACUUCAGCGACGGCAGUGCUGAAGGGAGAAGAUACUCAACGGACUCUGACUCAAAGUCAGUUAGUUUACCUCAGAGAUCUUGGAGACAAAGACCAAGGAGCUCUCCCACACUGUUGUACCAAUCUUCUUUAGAAAGACUCCCUCGUGGGGUUCGUCACAGGGACAGCAACUGCAGUUGGCUUGGUAGGAGCCCCCAACACGACAUCUCUCCCAAGACAUCGGGCAGAUCUCACAGUCCUUCUAUCACCUUCAGCGAGUCCUCGCUCAGCCUGAGCCAUAGGAAAGCUAAGGCUCUGGGUCCUGAGUUUGUCAGAAUGCCAGACGAACAACACAUUGUUCUUGAUCUUCCAGGAUCCAUUGUGUCCAGAAAGGGUCGUUCAUGUUCGUCUCAGAGAGAAGUGACUGUAAUGCUGCUUAACGGACAGUACGUGGUGGUUCGCUGUGACAUUAAGUCCAAAGGGAGAGACGUGUUUGACAUGGUGGUGGCUCACGCAAACUUGGUGGAACACUUCUACUUUGGUCUUGCCUUUAUAGAUGAUGAUGAAUAUUUCUUUUUGGACCAUGAAACAAAAAUCUCCAAAAUUGCGCCUGACAGUUGGAGAAAAGGGCAGAUAUUGUCCUUUUUGGUGUUUCUUCGAGUCAAAUUUUUUGUUGAUGAUAUGUCCUUCAUUUUGCACAGACUGACUCGUCACCAGUACUACUUACAGCUGCGUAAAGAUCUCCUGGAGGACAGGCUUUACUGUAAUGAGGAGACAGGAUUGUUUCUGGCUGCUCUCGCUCUGCAGGCUGAGUUUGGGGAUUACAUGCCAGAGCUGUAUGGUAAGAAUUACUACCAGCCAGAGCAUUAUGUGUCCAAGAGGAUGCUAGAGAAGCUGGCUCUGCCCAAUGUCAAGGAAGAGUUGCCAAGACUACAUGCAAGUCACUCCCAGAUGCUGCCUGAAGAGGCAGAAAUAGAGUAUUUAAAGAUUGCCCAGCAGUUACCGGAGUAUGGGAUUAUGUUCCACCGUGUGGGGAGAGAUAAAAGGCCGAUGGUGGGAGAGCUGGUUUUGGGAGUCUGUGCCAAAGGAAUUAUUGUGUACGAGAUGAAGAACUACCUCCGGACUGUGAUCAGACGCUUCCUCUGGAGGGAAACCGACACUAUAUCCACUGGGCGCCGUAAGCUGAUUAUAGAGUGUGGCGGGCCCAGCGGGAAAAAGCACAGUUUUGUAACAGAAAGCUCAAAAAUAGCCCAGUACCUCCUGAACCUCUGCUCAGCACAGCACAAGUUUCAUAGCGAGAUGACAUCACGACAACUCAACCACACCAUCAUACCAGAUGAAAACAUUCUUAAGUACAUGUCAGUGUACCGGGAUCGUAACUUGAACCUGAAGCAGUUGUCCUGCUCAGAGGGCAUGUUGAACCAUGUGGGUUUGACACCUGGUCAACCAGACUCCCUCUCCAAGUCCUGUGACAACCUGACAGCCAAGCUAGAGGCGAGGCUGCGCCAGCAGAGGGAGAUGAGGAGGGAGAUGAGCAGAGAGCUGAACAAGGAGCUCACUGAAACAGGAGACCUCAGGGAAAUGAAAGAGCCACAGUGUUGGAGCACUCCAGAGUCGAUUCCCAGAGUGAUGUCCAGCAUGUCACUACAGAAGCAGGACUCUGAAGCCUCUUUCUCCAUACGAGUUGAUACACCAACGAGGACCCCACCAGAGAGAGAGAUAGUCUGUGUGACCCUGAAGAAAGAUCUCAAACUAGGCUUCGGCUUUGUGAUCGUGGGUGAGGACCAAACAGGUAAACUUGACCUUGGGAUCUUCAUUGCUUCCAUUGUGUCUGAUGGGCCCGCAGACAAAGAUGGACGAAUUAAACCCGGUGGACGUCUCAUCUCCCUAAACAAGACUAGUUUGGAAGGAGUGACGUUCAGUGACGCUGCUGCCAUCCUACAGAGCAGCCCUGACGAGGUGGAGCUUAUUGUGUCACAGCCUAAACAGUCUCUAAAGGAACGAUCGGGUUCCUUGAGUUACAGCACUCUGGGUUUGGCGUUGGAGAGGAGCUUUGGGUCCCAGACGACACUGAGCAGCGCAGAGUUCCGUCCGGUUAUGGAGGAACUGGAGGAGGCCAUCACUCUGUCCAACAUGGCAACCCAAAGACAGAGCAGGAGGCUUCACAUUCCUGUUGUGCGAAUACAUGACGCCAAGGAUUUGUGUUCCAGGUCUCCCUCUAUCUUAAGUUUGAAAACUGUGGAGCGGUUUAUAGUGGAGCUGAAGAAAAGCAGUGGUAGUCUUGGCAUCAGUGUUGCUGGAGGAAUAAACACCAAUGUGCGAUAUGGAGGCAUCUACAUCAAGAGUCUGGUUCUUGGAGGUGCUGCAGAGCAGGACGGGCGCAUUCAGAUCGGUGACAGACUGCUGGAGGUUGAUGGGUCCAACCUGAGGGGCGUGACUCACCCCCAAGCUGUCGAGUGCCUGAAGGGGACUGGGGAGGUGGUGAAUCUGCUAUUGGAAAGGGAACCAACAAUAAUCUUGGAGCCCAGACCUGACUCACCCUGCCCCCUCUUGGCCCACAGUUCAUCACAUUCACAGCCCCCUAGGACUGAAGUCUCCAUGGAAACGACCUUGAGUGGUCGACCCAAGGACUACAGCUUUGUGACUGAUGAAAACACACGUGAAGUGGUGCUGAAAAAGAGUUUGUCUGGCCUCGGCUUCAGCUUUAAUAUCUCGCAGCUGCAGUCGGGGCCAGACCGGGGCAGCGUGGUCCGCAUCAAACGUCUGUUCCCGGGUCAACCAGCGCUAGAGAGUGGCCUUCUGCAAGCUGGAGAUGUCAUUCUGUCUGUCAACAAAGAGCCUGUCAAGGACCUCUCUUACCAGAGAGUUUUGUUCCUGCUACGUGGAGCUCCAACUGAAGUUCAUCUGCUGAUCUGCCGACCAGGUCCUGGAGAGCUGUAUGAUGUGGAUGACAACACACUGACUCCUGCAUUCUUCCGUGAGGUUCGAUCUCGGUCUCUGGACAUCCGACUAGGAGAGGACUACAGCCAGCUCCUCAGGUUCCAAUAUGAAUCUAUGAUAUCUGCCCGGAAGCAGGCCCCCACCCCUGAGGAAGAUCUGACAAACACAGCAGAGGAAAGCCAAGAUCCUCCUGCAGCUCCAGCACUCCCGGAGACACAAGAGAGUCUUGACGGUAAAGUGCAUGCACACCAGACUCCUCCAUCUCGUCCUCGCUCACCCCCGUCGCCAACCUCACCUAUAUCACCUCCUUCACCUGUCUCGCCAGCCUCACCUGCAUCCCCAGCAUCACCUGGCUGUGGCUCUCCACUGGCUCAACCAAACUCACAACCAACCACUGGGACACAAGACGAAGAACAGGAAGUUGAAGCAAAGAAGAAGAACAAGGGCGGGGAAGAGGAAGAGGAGGUUGUAACGACAACAAGCUCAACUGUGAUGCUUAUGGAUGUGUGUCCCAAGGCUGGUUCGAAAUACAAAUAUGCAAGUGGAGUCAGAGAGGAGGCAGAUGGAAGUGUGACUUAUUGCCUGAUGGGAAAUGGACUGACUAUCAUGGCAGAUGAAGAGUACCUGACCAUCAGCUCCACACUGGAGUCUCCUCACAGCCUUCCCUCCACUCACACUCCAACAACCACCGUCACAGGCCUCCACUCUCACACCUCCAAGAGGUCCUCUAGUUUCAGCUCUCAGAAUCCGAGCCUCGGUCCUCACAUGCCCACUACCAACAUCUCGCCCCUCAGCCGCUCGUCUGACAGCCCGACCACUUGCUCCCUGUCCCGCUCAUCCCAGCCACUCACAACGCAGCCACCAAAAGCCAAGCACCCCCCGAUCCAGCAGGAGCUUCUUCCAAGUCACUCCAAAGCCAUCACUAAGAAUAGUAGGUCUAUGGUGCCUCCACCACGGCCUCCUGCUCCACCAUCGUUCCCCAUCACAUCCCAGGUCGUCCCCUCUGUGCCACCCUGUGCCAGUCCGCCUGCCCCAACGACGCAGCCCCCUCCUGCGCAGAGCCACACACAGCCCAAGGAAGAGCCGGAGAAGAGAGAAUACAAGGAUUAUGAUUAUGAAGAGACUGAGGAGGAGGAGGAAGAGAGUCGAAGAAAGGGAUUUGUUAAAGAGUUUGAGCUGACAGUGGUUCUGACCAAGUCCAGGAGUGGAAGCUUUGGUUUCACCAUCACUCGAAGCAAGCUGGACAACUGCUACUACAUACAGGAAAUACUGGACAACCCGGCCAAGGCAGAUGGACGACUCAGGGCAGGCGACAGGCUCAUCACGGUAAAUGGACAUGAUGUUACCAGUGUGGCAGAUGAUGUUGCCAUGACGAUUCUCAGGUCAACCCCGAGAAGACUGAAUAUGACCCUGGGCAGGGCCGUUACCAACCUGGUGGCCCCGCCGUCCUGUGACAGCCUGCCUGAUGUAGUUCUCUACAAGACACCGUCAGGACAGCUGGGUAUAAAGCUGACAGGAGGCAUCGGCAGCAAAUGGCAGGGCAUCUACUGUCUGCAGGUGGUGCCAGGCUCCCCGGCCAGCGAGGAGGGCAGCGUCCAACCCAAUGACAAGAUCCUCUACAUCUGUGGCAGGUGCACCCUGGGAAUGACCCUGGAGGAUGCAGUCAAAGCCUGCGAGAUCGCCCCUCGUAAAGUGAAGCUUAAAAUCUUCAGAGAGGAAACACCAGUGAACCCCAAGGCUAAGUGGAACGGUCUGUUUGACUGGAAAAAGGACAAGAAGUUCUUUCCUCGUCUUGAAGAACCCAUCUCUCCGGAUAGAGACUCUCCGACCGAAGAUGCUGAAGCUGUGUGUAGGACUCCUGGAAAUGUCAGAUGUCUCUCUCUCACACAAGAACACGGUAGUUGCAUCAUGCAAGUGGAGUUCACAAAAGCAGAAGGAGGAGGCCUUGGCUUUGCUUUAAUUGGGGGAACUAAUGGCAGCAUGCUCAGAGUGAAAGACAUCUGCUCUGGUGGAGUAGCUGAGCAGGACGGUCGGCUGAGAGUGGGAGAUAUUCUAUUAGAGGUGAAUAGUGUGAUUGUGUCCGGGCUGAGCUACAGUAAGGUGGUGGAUAUCCUGCGUAAAGCUGAAGGCACUGUACAGCUCACCAUCUGCAGAGACAUCCUACCCCUAUCCUACUGCGACUCACCUCCACCGCCCAACAUGUCCACUCACACUGAAGCUAUUUUAGCCGAGCAGCCGGCUCCCGUGCCCAGCCAUGAUACCUGUUCCUCGCCUGACGUCAUGCUGAAUAAGCCAGUGGAGCGCCCGCCUGAGGCGACUUCAGACCCUGUGGUCAAUGAAGCUGGUGUGUUCGUUACCUCACCCCCGCCUCCACCACGCCGACUGACUAUCGUAACAGAUGACAUUUCAAUUUCGCAGGAGAGCUGUAACAGCACCCCUUCUCAUCAAGCUUGCUGCCCACCCCUCAAUGUCUCUGACAUUUUGCAUGGAGCUUCUGACAGGAAACAAAUUGUGACCAAACUUUUGGACCGGUCCUGCAAAGACAUCCGGAAAACCCAGUCAGACGGCUGGAGCAGCGAAGAAGAAGAUGAUGAUGAUGUGUUUGACAACAAAGGUCGGGAAAUGACCUCAUCCCAAACAGGCCCACCCAUAGUAUCAGAGGAGGAACUGGCCAGUUUGGCGCUCAUUAGUCCCUCUAAGACCAGCCAGUAUUCAGGCUGCAGGGUCAAAGCUCUCAUCCAUAUUCUGCAGCAUCAACUGGACCAGCAGGAAGCAGUCAAAGAGUUCAUGGCUCUGGAGCAUCUGAAGCCUUCUGACAACUGUCUGGUGGGAAAAGCCCCCGAGAACAGAGAUAAGAACCGCUACCGAGACAUCCUACCCUACGACGAAACCCGUGUUGCCAUUGGAGACAACCAGGACUACAUCAACGCCAGCUACAUCCGCAUGCAAGUCGGCGAUGAAGAGUUCUUCUACAUCUCCUGCCAGGGCCCUCUGCCUUCAACAGUGCCGGCCUUCUGGCAGAUGAUCUGGGAAAACAAGUCUGACGUCAUAGCCAUGAUGACCCAGGAAGUAGAACGGGGAAGGAUCAAAUGUCACAAGUACUGGCCAGAGAAGCUGGGCGUGCCUCUGCAAACUGGCAGGUACCAGCUUCACCUGGAUAACCAACAGUACCUUGAAUACUUCCACAUCAAGGUCAUCCGCAUGGUGGAGACCGAGACCGGUGAGACACAUUUUGUCCGUCACCUGAAGUUCACACACUGGCCUGACCACGGAGUGCCCAAAAGUUCCGAGCAGCUGGUUCGCUUCAUCCGCUACCUGAGGGCGGUGCACCACAAGGGACCAGUUACUGUGCACUGCAGCGCCGGCAUCGGACGCUCAGGAGUUCUCAUCUGCACUGACGUUAUCCUCAGCCUCAUUGAGAACGACUUGUCUAUUAACGUAAGCGACGUUGUAAAAGAGAUGAGACUCCAGCGGCAUGGGAUGAUUCAAAAUAAGGACCAGUACUUCUUCUGCUACAAAGUCUGGUUGGAGGUUUUACAGGGCAUUUUACAGCUUCACGGCAACCAAUGGCAAACGGAAAGUCCCAGAGACCACAAAGUAGUUUGAAUGAUCCCACCUCUAGUUCACCUACCUGUAAAGCACAGACUGUGUAUGAGUAACCAAGUGCAGUCUAUCACAGCAUAGACUGGUGAUACCUUUUUCUUUGGCUGUAGUCAGUUUAGUUAGCUAUAAUAAGAAACCUGUACUUCUUCUCUGUUUUGAUACUUUGUGUUGAGGAGGCCUAUUGUUUAGUUACAAUGACUUCAAUAUUUUUUUGUUUUUUUUGUUCUUGUAUGUGCUCUCGGUGCUGUGAUUAUAUCAAUUUAAUUUAGAUCACUGAGGUUGUUUUUGCCUUUUCAGGCUUAGUGAUUUGCCUUCUGUCUCUAGCAUCUUUUUUAAAUUGUGUGUCACUAUUUGAAUGUAUCUCAUUUAUGUUUCUCCAUGUCCUUUCAUUUGCAAGUUUUUAACAGUCAUAUUGCAUGGAAUUUAAAAUCUUGUAAUAUUCACAUCUGUUAUCUGGUAGUAAUGUCACUAAUGUCAUCAAAGUGCACAAGUGAACAUAAGAUCAUCAUACCAAAGGGAGAAUCUGUUUGUAACCUUGGUGAGUAGCAUUUGAUUAAGCAUUGUGUUAUCAUUUCAUUAAGUGCAUUUGUACCCUGGAGAAAAGGGCAUUAGCAAAAGAACACUAUUGAUUUUUCAGUUCAACAUCUACGGAAAUGAAAAGAAUCAAGUGCCUUGGAAUGACUCACACCGCUUGCUCCACAUCGACCCCGAGCCACUUGUCACAAGCGGUCGGGGACGGAGAGCAAGAAACUGAUUUGAGAGCACCCGGCGGUGGUUAGAUUGAAUGUGCAGCUUUCAGUCUGCUUGUGGUCUGAGGUGAAUGUUUGGUUGAUACAAACCAGAGGAGGAUUACAUCUCACCUUUCAGUUCAAUUGUAAUUUAGAAACAAUGUGAAGUUUGCACACCGCCUGUCAAUCUUUUUUCGUUUGUGGGCCCAUUUUAUACAAAACACUAUCACGUUGAAAGUCUUACUACACAUAAUCACAACUUGCACAUCCUGAUACAGAUAAAGAAUGAUUCAACAUAACAAAUUUUGGGAUGAAUUCAUACAUUUUCAAUUCACUCUUUUACUCAAAUUUGGACGAGGCGUUAACACUAAUUAUCCGUUUUUUCUAGAAUGUACAAAACUGAUUUAAAUUGUUAGCUGCUGGGCUUUCAGGUGUAAUUUGUUAUGUGACAACAUCCUCUAUCUGUAUUCCAUAGCUAUUUUAAUACAAACUCAGCCAAAAAUGCAAAAAAAUAUUAUGAGGUUUACAAACUUUCCAUUUUGCCACCUUAGAUGUAUUUGAUGUACAAAGCAACAGAGCCGCAUCUCCGAGUCACGGAUCAAAAAUGAUUCAUCGCUGCUGGUUUGAACCUCAACCUUUGGAUGUAACUGCUUGUAAGCUUUGUUCUUUUAGCUGCUAUCACACAAACACACACAAACACACACACACAUACACGCACACACACACGCACACACCAGCUCUCUUAUUGCAUGCAGACUCUUAAAGUACAGAAUUUUGAGCCUGGAGUUUGGCUGAAUGACUUGAACAUGAUCAAAAUGUGGAAUGUAACAAAGCAAUACUCUCCACGAGGAGAGAUCAGAAUGUCAACCUCUUACCCGAUAACAUCUUCCAAACUGUUUGGAGCAUGUUGGUAAGACACAUGCAGUACUGUACCUUUGCCAUGUGGAUGGCUACGCAGAGCCAUCAGCCUCUGUAAUGUGUAUGCAACAUCUUUUCAUAAAUGCUGGUCGGUUGGUUUCCAGCGAUAGAUAGGUAACCCUCUGUUAUGUGCAAGUUCAUGUUCUCUUUGAGAUCCUGUUGAUAUGUUUUCUCCCUCAGAUCUUGGAAAAAAUUAUUAUUCUCAAAAAAACUAACAAAAGCACAUUUUGCAUUCAUCUGUGAAAAUGCAUCUUGUACAGUCAAGCAAGUGCUUAUGCAAUAGCAUUGUGAAAUGUAUAAUAACCCUUAAUUGCACAACUGCUUAUUUAUGCUAAAUUAAUCUUGUGUCACUGUACCAGCCACUAUGUAACCAAUAACUGAGAACAAUGUAAUACCUCUCUCUUUAAUU